AGGCCUCGACCCUCAUCGAGCAUAAACCGUUACAGCGACUUCUCGCCCUGCCUCCGGGACUACGUAACUGUAGCUUGCUUUCAGCAGCCUCAGCUCCAGCUCCUCCCUUCCAUUAAUUGGCACGUUUUCUUCUCGUGCCGUCCCUCUUCGAACCGACAUGUCAUCGGUUCACUCUCGCAAUCACUCCAAAGCAACGUCUGCAACUUCAUCCUUCAACAUGAUUCUCGAACAUGUCUUGCAAUAUCCCGGUAGUUAUGAGAUCCCACUACGGACCAUGUACACUCUCAACUGCAACCCCCGCGCUCAGCCUCUCCCAAGGGAUUCCACUCGGACUUCGACAACCUCUGGUUACUCUGCCAAUUCCGGCAGUGCGUCACCCGUCUCUGGCCAGAUGGCAUGGAAUGAUACCGAGUCUUCGGCCAUGGAUUUUACCUCUCAACUCAUGAACCACAUUGGAUCGCUUCCGUCCCAAACCAACUCUCUUCCCCCGCCUUUCAUCAUCUCAUUCGUCUCUCGCUGCUUUCAUCCUGACCUGUCGUUGGUCGACUUCCCUCAGGCCCUGACUGCAUUGGACUAUCUGCGAGAUCUGGAGAAGAGGAGGUGCAAGGAGUUCAUCGCCGCCUUUGAGAGGCUUGGAAUUAACUUGGAGAACUUCGAAGACGACAUUGAGCAAGUGGCUGAUAAGUAUCCUGGCGUCGCCCUCUGGGCAAAGAAUAUGCAGGGAAAGAACAAGAAGGCAGAGACGUACUACGCUCACAUCUACCUUACUCUGCGCCGUUGGAUCAUGAUCAAUGAACUCUCGAUUCAGCCAUUCAACAAACUUAACUGCCUCGCCAUGCUCAACACUCUUCUGCCUCCUCAGUCGCCCAGUGGCAACUCUGUGCUCCCCUCGCCCUUGUUGCAAGCCUCUACCUUGAAAGAGGAACGUGAUUGCUUUUUCGAGUACAUUGGGCGUGUCCAGAAGAGGGGCCCUCGAGUCCUCCAAGAGAUCGUCAUGUUCGGCAAGGGCGAAAAGGACGCCAAUGGCUGGUAUCCCGUGCAGAGGUCCGUUGAUAAGUAUCUUCGUGUCGCCAAGAAUACGAUCGAUGACUGCCUUGCAACUACCGGCAUUGAGACCUUCACACCGGCAGAGGGUGAGAGGAAAGGAAAGAAGACAGACUCUGGAGUCAGCUUUGGAUCCGAGCGCAGGCCAAGCACCAUCGACAGUACCGCAGACAAGGUACUCCCGAACAUGCCCAACGAGGCGUUGCAAGCCCACAAGGGCUUGAGCAAGCUCGAGCGCAUCACGAGAGAGUUCAAGCGCAUGCGUGUCAAGACGAGGCCAGAUGUAGAGGAAAUUGUCAAAGUGGAGAGGCACGCUGCCGUCGAUCAAAUCCCCAUCCCUGGCGACAAAAGCAAGAAGUCCCUCAAGAAGGCCCGCUCAUUCGCAAACCUUGGUGGCCUCCGGGCCGCAAAUGCUAGCUCAACUUCCUUGACUAGUGGAAGCAGAAAAGGCAGCGAUGCCAUGGGCUUCGAUGCAGAGGCGAUGAAACGACACCGAAAGCUCUAUGACCAGACGCAGGCGCAAAAGAGCGCGAAGCAUAUGGCGUGAUGUCAGGGCACGAUUCUUGGAUGCGGUUACUGACCAGUACGGAUUCUGGCUCAUAUUGCCACCUUUUCUUUUCUUUUCUUUUCCUUUUCUUACGACUCAGCUGGGGUUCGGCAGCACAGUGCGCAGGUCUGCACAGGGAUCGGGAUCUCGAUUUCCUUUCUGGUAAGACACUGCCUCUUUCCCACCCCUGCCAUGCAAAUACACAAAACUACCUCCGUUGCUUUUUUCUUCUUCUUGUUUUUAUUAUCAUCAAAGCG